UCUUCUUACCGUUUGGACUCUACGGCUAUAGAAUCCAAACUUUUUUAUGUUUAUUGUUAGAAAAGUUCCUUUGAAAAAUAAUUCAUAGUUAAAAGAAAAUUUUAGUAAAGUACUCUCUCCCUCUCCAGAUUCCUUCAAAUCCACUUAUCCAACAUAAACCCAUCUCAAGAACCUCUCAUAAAUAAAAAAAAAAAACCCAAAUUUAAUGAAAUCAUAUUGCAUUUAAUCGAUUACUGAAGGAGGAAGACUUCAUGACGAUAAUUUGAUGUGGGUAACGGCAGUGGUUGUUCUCUGUCUUCCUCUAUCUGCACCUCUUAUUGCUACUAUUUUUGGUGGGUUUUAACGCUAGUCGUGGUAUCGAAGCUUCAGAAUUGUGGUGGCUGUGCUUUUUUCAGAAUUGCAGAAGGCUUCAGAAUUGUUCAUUGUCUUCCUCCAUCUGCACCUCUUCUUUUCUCGUAAGAGCCUUUAAUUUUCGCUGUUCAUUUUAAGAGAUUUUUUCAAAGAUAUCCACAUUUACCUUUUCAUCUUACCAAACUGUGUUUUUCAAGUGUUCAGCGAGAGAACUAGUUUCCACAGUUGGGGAAAAGAUGACAAUGCUUAAAAAAUUGCCUGAAGAAGUCUUAAAUUUAUGGAACAAUUGGGAGAUUCGAGGAAUGGUUUUGCUUAGUCUCUUACUACAAACCAUCCUCAUCAUAUUUGGGUCUCGGCGAAAGACCAAUGCCAGAAGCUGGAUCAGGAUGCUCGUUUGGUCUGCAUACCUAUCAGCAGACGUGGUGGCAACUGUUGCCCUGGGUAAUCUAGCCAGGAGCCAAGGAGAUUCAUCAGGUGACAGUUCAGAGAAUGCAAACAAUUCCAUCCAGGCAUUUUGGGCACCUUUUCUACUCCUGCACCUUGGUGGCCCAGACACAAUCACUGCAUACUCGAUUGAAGAUAACGAGUUGUGGUUAAGGCAUUUACUUGGUCUUGUAUUCCAAGUCGGGGUGGCUUUUUAUGUCUUCUCAAGGUCCUGGGGUAGCGGUAUCCUCUCAUUCAUAGCGAUCCCAAUGUUCGUUGUUGGCAUUGCAAAGUACGCAGAGAGGACUUGGGUGCUCUGGUCUUCAUGCUCCAAGAGUUUUAAAAACUCUUCUCUCUCAGAUUUUUGGGAAUCUUAUCGUCGUACGGGAAUAUCAGAAACUCCUCCACAAGACCACCAGCAGGAUUAUCUUCUUCAAGCUUAUGUUUUUUCGAAUAUAUCCAAGUUUAUGAUGCAGGAUCUUGUCCCUGGCAUUUCUUCACUAAUAAGAUGCCGGGAGCUGAUUUCCAAGAAUAAGGCAGACGGUGCCUUCAAGGUAGUAGAGGCUGAGCUUGGAUUGAUAUAUGAUAUGCUUUAUACUAAAGCGCCCCUGAUUUACUCCCGUGCCGGAAUCAUUCUUCGUUGUAUCAGCUCUCUGCUCUCUGUUACUGCGUUUAUUACCUUCCAGGUCAAGAUUGACAAGCAUGACUACUCAAAGACCGACAUUGCAAUCACGUAUUUAUUGUUUGCGGCCGCUGUUUUUCUCGAGUUUUAUGCUUUUUUAUGCCUUGUUUUGUCUGACCGGACAAUGAUUUGGUUGAUUGAUAAAGGAGGGAACGGCCUGACUAAUGCAACUUAUUCUCUGAUAAGGAAGUUAACGAGAGGCGAGAGGUGGUCGAGAUCCAUAUCACAGUAUAACCUGAAAAGCUCUUCCAUUGAAAGAGAGCCACCUAAAUUCUUGGAAUUUCUCGGAAUCAAUGAAAUGAUGAGGCAGAUGCAUGUGAAUCGGAAAGAUUUGAAUGUUGGACUGCAAGGUCUUAUUUUCAAACAUCUUCAAAAGAAAGCUCAGAAGAUUAAGGAAGAUUUGCAUGUCUGUGAUAUGAAUCACAGAAGCAAAAUAAUAGGUCAGAGGGGAGAUGGUGUGCUAGAAAGAGAGGGACUGUUACGGGACUACAAGUGGUGCACGACUGAAGUAGAAUUCAGUCGGAGCAUUCUUGUCUGGCAUCUCGCAACAGAUAUUUGUUAUCUUGUUGAUAUGAAAGAAGCAGAUGCUUAUCUGAAUAAAGAUGGAAGCAAUGUCUCCACAGAAUAUGAAACAAGCAGAUGCCUAUCUGAAUACAUGAUGUAUCUUUUGGUGGUAAGACCAAAUAUGCUCUCUAAAGGAUUCGGUGAUGAGGCAUAUCAACGUACCUUGCGAGGCUUGCGGGAUCAAAAAGAUCAUGGUGAUGAUUAUGAUGUGGAGGUACAUCGUGCCUUGCUGGAAUUGCGCAACAGUGAAUCACGUGUUUAUGAUAGUGAGGAAUUUCAAGCUCUCUGGAAAACAGAAAAGUCAGCGCUAGUCGGUGUGAUUGUGCUCGCCAAUCAAUUGCUUUCAUUGGAACCCGAGAAGCGAUGGGAGACGAUAAAUGAAGUCUGGGUAGAAAUGCUUGCAUAUGCAGCAGCUCAUUGUCCAUGGAAAGAACAUACUCAUCAACUGAGAAGAGGUGGAGAGUUACUCACUCAUGUCUCCCUUCUCAUGCUACAUCUUGGCUUGAGCGCACAGUACGAUAUUAAUGGAUUCGACGGCCCCCCUGUUAUUUUUGAAUUGACAAAGAAAAUCGAGAAGGAGGAGAAGGAUCAUGAAUAUCUCCAGGCUAAAAUGAAAUAUUUGAAAGGUAUUGAAGACAAAAUCAUGUUAGAGUCGAGUGCCGAUGAGGAGUUGAAAGAACUUAAUAAGAUUGUAGCAGACACACAACGAGAGCUUGAGCGUGAAAAGCAAGAGCGAGAGCGUGAAAAGCGAGAGUUUAAGCAUAAAAAUCAAGAGCUUGAGCGUGAAAAGCGAGAGCUUGAGCAAUUAAGAUCUUAUUUAACAGCAUCAGCUCCACAACAAGGAAUUGAUUCACUUCCAAUAAGUUUGCUAGCACAAACAGAUGAUCAAGGGACUGGUCAACCACCAUCAAAUAAUGAGAUCAGUUUAAGCAUGGAAUAAGAGUAAUAGCUUUUGUUAUAUUGUGUCCAUAUAUAAUUAUUUAAGUGAAUUAACUUAAAUAAGUUCCUAUUGGCAACAGUACUACCGUUGGGCUUCAUUUUGCAUGCAUGUAUUUAAAAAAUUGCAUUGAUGGCUGUUAAUUAGUGAUUGUGUUUAAUUGUAUUUAUAAUUUACAUUUGCUUUAAA